AUGAUUCCUGCGCCUGGAGGGAGCUCCUUAUGCUGCUCCAAGCUGUGCUGGAUGCCCCCCCACGACGUGGCAAGAAGCAUGCGCGGGCGGCAGCUGCAUAUACACUGGAUCGGCUGCGCCGCUGGGAGGAUGGCGCUCGUCAGGAGCUUUGGGAUACCCGCUCCCAACCUCGCCGCGGACCUCGCCGUGCCCUCUUUCCAGCAGGACCGCCGGGAUAUGGCCACGGCGCUGGUUCGUGAUGGCUUUGAUGGGAAGGCCUGCGCCACUCUUCUCGCCACUGGUUUGGCGCCGGAAACGGCUGACACCAUUGCAGUCCGUGAGCUCCACCCCACACAUCCUGACCCUGUCCUUCCUGGUGAACACGAGUUGCCUGUUGCGCCGGAGAUAGUUCGUGAUGUGGUGGGUCGGGCUUUGAGUGCCUUCCCUGCUGCCACUGCUCCUAGCCCUUCAGGUCUCCGUGCCCAGCAUCUCCGCGACGCUUGCUCGCCUGGGGCCUCUGUUGGUUUCCUGGAGCAGCUUGCGGCUGCGGCCAGCCUCCUUGCCCAAGGCCGCGCUUGCACUGAUGCUGCUGCUGUCAUGGCCGGAGCUGGCCUCGUGGUGGUGCCGAAGACCAAGGAUGGGGUCCGACCCAUCGCGGUCGGGGAGAUCCUACGGCGCCUCACGGCCAAGAGCCUCAUGAGCCUCGUAAAGGAGCCCGCCCGCCAGCACUUUUUCCCUGCGCAGCUCGGUGUUGCGUUCCCGGCGGGUGUGGAGGUUGUGGUCCACACCGUCCGCUCCUGGGUCGCACGCCACUCGGCCUCUGACUUUAAGGUCAUGCUCAAGUUGGACUUCCGGAAUGCCUGCAACACCGUCAGCCGUCAGGAGGUCAUGGUUGUUAUCGUUGCUGAUUUCCCUGCCUUGGCGCGGUGGGUUGCUUGGUGCUACUCGCGCCCGAGGCAACCUGGUGUUUGGGGAGACGGUCUCUGCUGGCGUCCAGCAAGGCGACCCAAUCGGCUCCUUGCUUUGGCAGCAGCAUGCAGCAGCCAUCCAGCCGCUCGCAGUGGAGCUCCGGGGCGCCCUCUCGACCUCGCUAAAUUCUACUAG